AUGACGUUGAAUGAUGAUGAAGAAGCAGCUCCAAUGCUGACUCCUACUGCUGACAAACAGGGUACCGGUAUUCCUGCUGAUGCUGAAGGUGGCUGCAGUACAUGCCAUCGGAGAUUUUUGCAAGUAAUGUUGGUACUGAUAGUCUUGCUGUGUGUGGAUAUUCGAACCUUUUUCCUGGGCAAGUUAAACCCCAUUGAAAUAGAAAAGGAGGUCAGUCGGAAGGAGAGGACAAAUACAAAUACAACGGCACGGAUACCAGUACCAAGUCCAAACGAAGGAGCACAAGACCCUAUCUCUAGGGAUAGCGUGGAUGGAGCCGUGGAAAAUCCGGCGCAACAAUCUGAUGAGAAGACACCAUCUGAGCCACAGCCACAACCUGAACCUGAACCUGAACCAAUCAUACCAAUGACGCCAAGACCAACUCAAACACCUGAACCACAAACACCAAAACCAACCCAAGCGCCACAGCCUGAACCGCAACCUCAGCCUGCUGAACCUCAGCCUGAGCCACAAUCACUGCCUGAGCCAGCAGCACAAACAUCUCCUUCUGUUGGAACAGAAGGAUUCCAAAAAUCUACACGCUUCUCCACCCCCAAUGACUUUACAGCCCAUGUGCAACGAGGACUCAAUAUUAUUUACACCAAGAGUGGUUGUCACAUGGCCGCUUGGAUCUAUCAUGUGGAUCAUGGUGACUUGAACUCCAAAAACCGCAAAAAGUAUCUUGAUUGUUCCAUGUACGAUGGGCAUUGGAAGAAGCAAACGGCUGAACAGCUGCUUGCGUCUGAAGAUUUGCGUCCCAAUGAUACCAUUUAUGUUCAAUUCAUGGAUCUCGCAGACUUUGUGCAAAAGUUCUUGGUGCGCAACACCAGAGUACAGGAUCUAGUCCUCAUUACGGGACAAAAAUGGAAUCGGUUUCCCGAGAGAAAUACCAGGAAGGAAAAGUUUUACACAUCCACCACAAUCUCCUCCAAUCCCAAUGUUCUGCAUUGGUUCUCGCACAAUACGGAUCAUGUGGGCUUUUGUAAUAAGGGUUGCACCGUACCGCUGAGCCCGUUUCCAUAUGGUUUGCGAGAUGAGAGUGCUGUGCGACACUAUCAACCCGUCUUUACCGAGAGGAUUCAGAAUCCACAAAAAACCAAAACAAUCUAUGCUGGACAUUUGGGCGACAGUGCGGGACAACGAUCCAAAGCAAAUAUUGCUGGAACGAAUACUGCCAAAUUGCCGCAAUCCGAAUACUACCAGAACAUGGCCGACUAUCGAUACAUUGUUUCACCCAAUGGUGAUCGACCCGAGUGUUAUCGUCAUUACGAAGCCAUUGGUCUGGGAACCAAACCCAUUACCCAGUUGCAUCCCAUGGUGCACUCGCAUUUGAACGGGGCCGUGGUGUACAACAAUCAAAACUGGGACUUAGAAUAUUUGGAAAAGACGUUGCCCAUGGACGAUGCCAAUCCUGUGGAUCGCCACCUGGUCUUUGAGGAAUAUUGGAUGGAGUAUGUGGAAGGACUUGUGGGGCGAAACUUGAGAUGGUUUGAUAGAAUCACAGGCAAUCAUUCUCGCAUUGCGGAUUUGGCAGUCAUCAACACUUGA